AUGUCAUGUUCAGCGUACGUUACGACUCCGCUUCUCCGCGCUGUCUCAUAUCUGCUCAAUGGAACAUUCUCUGCUAUAGUGUGGCAAUCAAGAACAAGGUGCACAUUGCGGGGGACUGCUAUCGACGGCCGGCUGUUCGUUCUGGGCGACACAAGAGCCAGGGUUGUGAGCGGGCUGCAACGCCAUGCAUGCUUUGCUACCCUGAAGUUCCAGGUUGUUAUAUGGGAUUUGGGGGUCCCCACACGAGCCCGUACACGCACGAUGCUGGGAGUCGACGAUAUGCCUACCCAUCCGCUUCAACUCACUUGCCUGGGAGUGAUAUAUGGUACGCCGUUGCUGGCGUCGAUAUUCGUCAUCUUACGGAUCUAUACCAGGCGGAAACUGAAUCUUCGGUUGAGCUGGGAUGACUGGCUUAUCAUACUGCCAUUACUGCUCUCAAUAGCCCUAAUAGGGCCCUCACAUAGACAUGUCAAGAUGUGGCAUGUGGGAGUGCACAUUUGGGAGGUGCCGCCAGAUAAGAUAGAACCGGACUACGACGAGUACUACGCAGUAGUCAUGGCAUUCAAUCUUCUAAACAUACCCAUAUUGCCACUCGUAAAGGCAUCCAUUAUACUUCUCCUCCUCCGCGCAGGCUCCGUCAUCCAAUGGCUGAAACGAGUCUUGUACGCCAUUCUCGUAUUCACUGUUGGAAGCUCACUGAUACCAUGGUUCUUAUAUAUUUUCAUUUGUCCUCCUCAGACCGGGAAUACUUGGAAGCCAGCAACCUUCGGAGGCCUUCGUUGCAUGGGCCGCCACAGGAUGGGCGAGAUGUUGAUCUGGGUGACUUGCGCCAACCUCUUCACCGAUCUACUCAUCCUACCAAUCCCCUUUAUCAUCGUCAGAAGGAUGAUGAGCGCACGGCUACGAUCACGACUGGUAGUACUUGCAGUCUUCACCUGCAGUUUAGCCGUAACCGCCAUCGGCGCCGCAAAAAUCUACCUCUCCUACCGCGAUCGCCUCUUCACGCUCUUCAGCCCGGACUGGACCUACCCAAUCGACUACUGCAUCAACCACAUUGAAAACAACGUCGCCAUCAUCGUGGCCAACAUCCCCAUACUCCGUGGCCUCGUCACCCGCUGGGUCUUCAACUUCCGCACAAAAGCCCCACCCCCUGCACAGCGCGCGCGCGAGAUUCGCAGUGAUUGGCAAUGGAACACGUCAAACUCGUCAGACAUCAGCCGCAUACCUAAAAAAGCAAGGACGCCCCGCAUGGUUCGAAAGAUCAUCCCCUGUAUCGAAGACGACUUUUCUAGUAGUCUUGCCACCAGACCGAGAGGCGCAGACGAGGCAGGAUCCGGUGGUGACCGACGAACAGAGUAUCCAUCUCGAAUCGUCACAACGCACGAUCUCCGACACAAGAUUUCGUACUUUCCGCGCUCACGCAGGAACAGCCUCGAGCGCUACGAAGCAGCCGAUUCCUGUGAAAAGGGCGACAUGUUGGAAACGGUGCGUAGUAUGGGUAGUGUGGGAUCUGCGCCAACGCUCGUGGAGAAUCCGGGAGGCGAGUUGAGGUGGAAGAGCAUGAGUGUGGAGUUGGAGAGUCCACCGUUGAGUGCGACGACGACGAGGUUCUCUGCGCAGACGCUGUCACCGAUCGCGCCGUUGACCCCGUGUCGUUUGAGGGCUGUAGAGGAUUUCGAGGAAGAUCGCGAUGAGAUAUACCCAUAUAACCCAGGCCCAUGA